CAGCUGGGGGAGAACAUAGAUUAUUCUUAGCAGAGCAGCCCACGACCGGCCGAUGUACGGAGAAUUACUAGGGUAUAGCUCGACGGGGAGAUCCACCAAUGGAACAUUCUACGUCCUGGGGGGAAGAUGUCCCAAUUUGGAUGAAACAAUAUCGGGACCCAAAGGGAAAGGUGGUUUUUGAUCCACGGUUGAUGUUUUUUUUGUUUUUCUGGUACCUCGUAUCCGUCGGCCAUCGACUGCUCUGGCCUGGGCCCUGCUCUGCUCGCACGGACACUUGCGUCCCGGCCCUCAUCCCAAUGCACUUGCGCAGAAAAACCCAUUCUCCGUCAAAGGCAAACGGUCCCUGGUCCGCUUCUUCCAUUCCACGGCCAAGGUCACCUGUUCUUUCUCCUGGGACCCUGGCUCUGACGGGGGCAGUCCCCCCGAUCGUUUGAAUCGCUAGAGGAUGAGAUUCCAAUCAAUCUGUCCCAUUCCUCCGAGGAUCCCCCCCAACUUCCAAUACGAGCGCAUAUUGGACCGACCAACGAUAGGGUUGUUGGCACUUGUCAGUCAGUCUUGCGGGCCAUCCACCCUACC